AUGUUCAAGCUGCGGUACAAGUCUGCUUUGGCUAGCCGAUUUGACUCCAAGAACAACUACGGCAAGCGAGUAGCGUACGUCAUGCUGGCGACCGAACUUAGCGUCGUCAUGCAGCGGGAAUUUACAGCCAAGCAAGUGCAAGACAAGCUGGCCAAGAUGAAGACAGAAUGGUCUCUCUCCAAGCCAACGCUGCCUGCUCCGACUGGGAACUCUCCCCAGACCCUACUGCCGCUGGAUUACGACGUAAUGCUUGAUUAUUGGGGGGAAAAGGCUGGCUUCCGAAGGGAGUCGCUUAUGAGCACUGACGAUGUCAGUGAUGAAGAAAUUUCAACGGACAAAAAUGACAACAAUCCCGACAAUGCCUCUCUCAGCGAUGACGAAAGGUAUGCUGGCGAGAAGGCUCAGCAGCCAGAGCAAAACAAAAUUAAGACGAAUGGGAAAUCAAAAAAGACCACGUCACCAUCAGAGUCCCUGGAAGCUGGAUUUACUGCCAUCAAGGAGGGAUUAAUGUUUUUGGGGUCUGCGAUGGCUCAACAAACACCUUCCCAUCAAGUCAUGGCUGCAGCGCCAACUCCUGCCACCCAGACGAUCUCUGUGACUACUCUCGACGACGUUUUGAGUACCAUAAAGGCUCAAUCAGACACCAUGUCCCAGGUCCUGUCGCACCUCAUUGCCAAAAAGGAUUAA